ACUUUUCGAUAGAUCUCUCUCCUUCUUCACUCCCCAUCUUCUACACCACCGGCGGCGAGGCCACACAGCCUCCCUCCCGGCACACUACCACAGGUCCGGCGCCUCCCAGUCGGAAUCAUGCAUCCGAAGCUCGCCGCCCUCGCCGUGGCGCCCUCUGCAGGGGGAGGCGGCGUCGGCGACACCGCGUCCCGCCCGGCGCGUCCACGGACACCCACGCCCGUUCCCGCCUCAUCGACACCGCAUCCCGCCAGCACGUCCCGCCGCCGCUCUCCACCUUGCGCCCUCCCUCGGCGCGCUCGCUCGCUUCCCUGCCUCCGGACGCUCUGUAGAGAAUUGAUAUGGUGUCGGUGCUACUGCUCGGUGCCGUUGCGGCCAUGCUGCACCUAGGGCCUACAUCAGCAACACAACCAGAUCACGGAUGCAAAACGCAUUGCGGUGAUGUCGAGAUCCCCUAUCCAUUCGGCAUCGGUAUUGGUUGUGCUAUCGGCCAAGGCUUCGAGAUCGAUUGCACCAGGUCUGCUGAUGGAAAUGACAGGCCAUUCAUUCUUCGACGGGAGAUCCUAAGCAUCUCGGUGUCCAGUGGUCAAUCUCGAGCUUUAUCGAACAUCCCCUCAUAUUGCUACAAUUCUGGAACAGGAAAAAUGGAUGCCCACCUUUGGGAUUUCGAAUUGAUUUGGCCUUACCGGUUUUCGCACGAGCACAACAAGUUCAUUACAAUUGGUUGCAACACAAUUGGAUACAUCUACGACACCAUCGGGAGGACAAGGUAUGCGACAGGGUGUGCGUCGGUGUGUGGGAGCCCAGAAGACCUAACAAAUGGCUCGUGCGUUGGUGUUGGCUGCUGCCAAAAUGUUGUCCCCAAGGGCUUAAUGGGCUACAACGUCUUUUUUUAUGAUGUGGAUUAUGUCAAUAAAUCAAAUAGUUGGCACUUCAACCCAUGCAGCUACGCUGGCUUGGUGGAAACAGAGGCGUUUAUCUUCAGCUCUGAUUAUGUAACUACUACAAGGUUCAAUGAUACCUACAAGGGCCAGCAACCGGUUGUCCUUGACUGGGUGAUUGGAAAUGCAACAUGUGAGGUGGCACGCGGAAACAUGUCUUCCUAUGCGUGCCGUAGCGAAAACACCAUGUGCGUGGAUUCGUCCAACGGCCCAGGGUAUCGUUGCAACUGCUCCAUCGGGUACCAAGGGAAUCCUUACCUCUCUGGAGGAUGCACAGAUGUCAAUGAAUGCGAGCGCAGUUCAAGCCCCUGCCCUGACUCUGCAUCUUGCCAAAACUCAGCUGGAGGUUACCAAUGUUCAUGUCCUUUUGGCAGCAAUUUUUCAGAGGAAGCAAACACUUAUGCCAACCGGUUUAUAGGAGUUGUUAUUGGACUAAGCUCUGGUAUAGGAGUUCUGUUUCUUGCGUCAAUUUCAAUUUUGUUGGUUCAGAAGUGGAAGAGAAGUAUUAAAAGGCGAGUUCGGAAAGCACACUUCAGGAAAAAUAACGGCCUUCUCCUGGAGCAAUUGAACUCAUCCGAUGAAAGUGCCACACAUAGCACUAAAUUAUUUUCCUUGGAUGAGUUGGAAAAGGCAACGGAUAAUUUUGACUCCACGCGCAUUCUAGGCCUUGGAGCACAUGGCACCGUUUACAAGGGGAUUUUAUCAGAUCAACGUGUGGUUGCCAUAAAGAGAUCCAAAAUGGUCGAUCAACUAGAGAUUGAUCAGUUCGUGAAUGAGCUUGUCAUUUUGUCGCGAAUCCAUCAUCGGAACGUGGUAAAACUUUUUGGAUGCUGCCUCGAGUCGGAGGUGCCUUUGCUUGUGUAUGAGUUCAUCUCCAACGGCACACUGUCUGAACUUCUUCAUGGUGACCAAUUGAGUGCUAGAAGCUUGUUAACCUGGGACGAUCGUAUCAGAAUUGCUAGCGAGGCGGCAAGCGCUCUUGCUUACCUCCAUUCCGCUGCUGCAACACCAAUCUUUCAUAGGGAUGUGAAAUCUGACAAUAUACUCUUAACGGACAACUUCACCGCGAAGGUUGCAGACUUUGGUGCUUCAAGAUCCAUUUCCAUCGACGAAACAUGUGUUGUCACGGCGGUGCAGGGUACAUUUGGAUACUUGGAUCCUGAAUACUACCAUACAUGCCAGCUAACCGCGAAGAGUGAUGUUUACAGUUUUGGUGUGAUAAUCGCCGAGCUCCUAACUAGGAAGCAGCCAAUAUUCGUCAAUUCUAUGGGUGAAAAGCAGAACUUAUGCUACCACUUCCUUCAAAGGCUACAAGAUAACACUAUGAUGGAGAUCGUCGAUGUUCAAGUUCUCGAGGAAGGUAAUGGCAGACAGAUCAAUGAGAUGGCCGCCCUUGCGAGGGCAUGCUUGAGGCACAAAGGUGGGGAGAGGCCUACCAUGAAAGAGGUGGAGCAUAGGCUGCAGCUCCUGAGAGGCAAGAUGUCAAUGAAGAAAAACCAUGAGUUGGAGGUGAACACUCAAGCCGUGCCAUUGUAACCUUCGAAUUAUUCCACAUAUUUCAGUGCUAGCUCCGGUACGCGGCCCGAAUGAGUUCUUCCUGGCUGCCAGUUAUUCGGCUCAGGAUGUCACCAGAUGCUUGUUUGGACUGACGUACCCGGAUUCAAAUCAGACUAUUUUAGAACAAUUUUUUAUGUAUCACGAAUUGGAUUGGUAUAUGUAUUUCAGUUGCAAUUUAUAUUGGAUUGGGACGCUGAAA